AUGAACACAGUCGUUACUGGCCAAAAGCUCUUCUAUCUCGUUGAUGCCAAGAACCAAAUCGUAGGAAGACUCGCCUCUAAAAUUGUUCCCAUCCUCAUCGGUAAACAUAAACCCAUUCAUUCACCUCAUAUGGGACAAGAAUGUGGAGACCAUGUGGUUAUCAUCAAUGCCAAACAUGUGGCUUUUACCGGAGAUAAAUGGAAACGUAAAAUGUACAGAUGGCACACCGGAUAUGCUGGUGGAUUGAAGGAAUAUACGGCACAACAAAGACAUGAACGAUUUCCUACCUAUGUUCUUGAAACAGCCAUCAGGAGAAUGCUUCCAAAAACCUCAGAGGCAAUGCGUAAAACGAGAAUGAGCCGAGUACACAUCUAUCCAGAGGAUACACACGGUUUCGAGGCUCAACAACCUAUUCCUGUUGAUUUACUCGGAGCUGAUGCUGUUUAUUCCCAAUUGGAUUAUUAA